CCCGCCCGUCUCGGUGUCACCCUCAGCCGCGGCCCGUCCCCGCUCUUCCCGCGCCGCCGCCGCCCCGCCCGCGGCCGCCGUGAGGGGAGGCGGGCCGGGGCGGGCUGAGGCGGCCAUGGCGGGCGCUGGGCCCUCUGCCAUUGCCGGGGGCAGCUGUAGGCUUUGGAUGAGCAGAUGCCUGCACACCACGGUGAAGCUUCUGAGGAAAACUGGAGCUGAGCAGAGGUGGUUGGAGCGGCACUUGAAGGAUCCCUUUGUCAAGGCAGCGAAGCAGCAGCAUUACCGUUGCCGAAGUGCCUUCAAGUUGCUGGAAAUUGAUAACAAGCUCCGUGUACUUCGUCCAGGACUUGCUGUUCUUGACUGUGGAGCAGCACCUGGUGCUUGGAGCCAGGUUGCUGUAGAGAGGGUCAAUGCCUUAGGUACUGAUCCUGCUGUCCCCACUGGCUUUGUGCUUGGCGUUGACCUGCUGCGGAUUUCUCCUCUGCAAGGAGCGGUUUUCCUGUCCCAGACGGACAUUGCAGACCCCAGCACGCUGAGGGCAAUCCAGAGCCUGCUUCCCUUGGGGAAGGCAGAUGUCAUCCUGAGUGACAUGGCACCCAACGCCACAGGCAUUAAAGAACUGGAUCAUCAGAAGCUGGUCAGUCUGUGUUUGAGCCUUCUGGAUAUAUCCCAACACAUUUUAAAGCCAAAAGGAACAAUGCUCUGUAAAUUCUGGGAUGGAUCUGAGGCCCGUCUUCUGCAAAACAGACUGAAGGAACAGUUCCAGGAUGUGAGAACUAUAAAGCCUGAGGCCAGCCGGAAGGACUCUGCGGAAUCUUAUUACUUGGCAAGGCUGUACAGAGGGAAAUGAAAGUCAAGGACUGCAGAUUCUCUGACAUUGAUUGGAAAUCUCAGUUUAGUGGGUGUUUAAAGGAAAAUCCCACCAUUAAGACCCUGGGAAAAUUUGCUACUCUUCUUUAAGUCCAUAAGGCUUUUCAAAUACUUGUGGACAAAAUGGUUGGGAAUGGAGAGGAAUAAUCUGAAAGGCAAACUCUGGAGUAAUGGAAAUGAAAAUAAAAUGCUGAUUUUAUGAGUUUUUAAUAUGUGCCUGAAAAUCAUUGCACUGUUAGUGCUGUCAUACAUGAGAUUAACCAUGGAGGUGAUUGUUAGGACAUAAGGGAACAGCAAAGGAGCCAAAUUUGAGCCAAUUCAAUGCCUUUUAGAAGCUGGUGUGAUUUAUUAGCACAGGUAAAACCAGCAAAUGUUUCUGUGCAC